UUGAGAGGCUGGCGAAAAUCGCGGAUAUUGGCUUGCCUUGCCUCCUUUCGUCAAUCCUACUGCUCUUCUUUUGUCCCCUACUCUAUCCACGAUCAGCCCAUCCUUCGCGCAGCUUUCGAGGAACCUACGCACCGGAUGGGGAUGCCGUGGUGUCUCUGCACGCGGGCGGGUUUAUCCGAGCCUGUGCAUGCGUGUUUGCUUGCGCUUUUGUGUGUGUGAGAGAGAAUGGGCCAAGGGGUGUGCGUGUGUGUGAAAGAAAGCAAAAGAGAUUGAGGAGACACAAACACAGACACAUAGACACACACACAGACGCACACACUGUGUGAGAGAGAGAGAGAGAGAGAGAGAGAGAGAGAGAGAGAGAGAGAGAGAGAGAGAGAGGUUCUCGUUUGUAUUGAUGAAAGUUAAUGGGAUAUGACGUGGCGGGAAUUCUGGAGAUUAUCAACAUGCUAUAUAUAGCAACUCGUGGCUGUGGAUAGAUGUCGAGCGUGAUGGAGAAUUGAGGCCCAUAGCGAUAAGUUUAGCUCAAUGAGUUGAGAAGGCUGGAGCACAUGCGGGUACGAGACUAGCUCCCUUACACACUUCGAAAGCGUGGGAAAGGAGAGAGAGAGAGAGAGAGAGAGAGAGAGAGAGAGAGAGAGAGAGAGAGAGAGAGAGAGAGAGAGAGAGAGAGGGGUAGAUGCCGCGAUGAAUAUCUCUUAUUUGAAAAAGUUGGGGCCGCUGGGCAAUCUGAAAGGCGUCGCACAGGGAGUGGGUGGGCUUGCACACGGAGUGGGUGGGCUAGCACAGGGCGUGGGCGGGCUUGUUUUUGGAGCGGCUUUAGGGGACAAGGGGUCAGGAGGAGUAGAGCAAGGGAAUGAUGGUGGAGUCGAGCGGUUAUUGGAUAGAAUCCGAGAUGGGGUGCUGGCGGACGACCGCCGGGCAGCCAUCGCGGAUCUCCGCGAGGCUGUGGCCGACAGCAAUCGGGCGAAGCUUGCAUUGGGAGCGAUGGGGUUUCCGAUUCUUCUGGCGGUCGUUCGAGACGAAAGGGAAGAUUUGGAGAUGAUACGGGGUGCCCUAGAGACGAUGAAUAAUGCCCUUGCAGUUCCAAGGAGGCUUGUGCCCCCCGGUGUAGGGGUGGAUGCCAAUGCGGAUGGUCGAUCUGGGGGAGGAAGUGGAAGUGCUGGAUUGGUUCCUGGCCUGGUCAAUUCCGAUCUCUUCUUGCGCGAAGCCGGGGGCGUCCCUCUCCUCAUUUCUCUCCUUGAAGACGACGAUUUCUACGUCAAGUAUCAUACAGUUCAGCUUCUUACUAGUCUCCUGACCAACUGCUCAGACAAGCUUCAGGAGGCCGUGCUUGCCUGUCCGAUGGGUAUGGCGCGGCUGAUGGAUGCGAUGCUGGAGAGCGAGGUGAUCCGCAACGAGGUCCUCCUUCUCCUCAUCUCUCUCACUCGAUCGAACGACGAAAUCCGGAAGAUCGUAGUUUUUGAGGGCGCCUUCGAGAGGCUGUUCGGCAUUGUGCAAGAAGAAGGAUGCGCUGACGGCGGAAUCAUAGUCCAGGACUGCAUUGAACUGCUGAACAACUUGCUUCGCGCCAAUCCGUCUAAUCAGACGUAUCUGCGGGAGACGUUAGGGUUACAGAACGUUCCAGAAUUGCUGAAGCUUCGGGCUAUGGUGGGAGGAGGGCGGGGAGUGGGAGGAGAACAGCAGUUGAGUCGACAAAGAAUAAAUAAUUUGCUGGCAGGAUUGGAGACGGCAUCUCUUUUGCUCGCCAGGCAGGAAGAUGGUAGUAACGGCUCGGCUGCUGCCGCCGCCGCCGCCGACGCCGAGGAGACCUCUGUUUCGCUGGUUAAUCGAACUGCCAAUCAGAGCGCGCUGGCUCAGAGCGGUCUGCUGGAUUCGCUGUUGGCUCUUUCCCUCGGGGAAGGCAGAGUAUCCGCUGUGGCCGUUAGGACUCGGGCGUUGAGAUGCGUUGGCGACCUGAUUAUUGGGCACGAAGGGAACCGCCGCCUCCUGGCAUCGAAGUGCGUGGGUGGGGCGAAGAAGACGGCGCCUCCCGCCGCUUCGACGAUGGCCAUGGCAAUCGGCUAUGGCGGAAGGAGGGGUUCGCUACAGGAAGAGGAGACCGAGGCAGCAGGGAAAUUGGCGGCCCCGCACGCGGUAUUGCGCGUUGCAUUGGGUUCUAGAUGGUUGGAGGAGAGCUCAGCGGCGGAGUACCUGAUCAAAUGCUUCUGCGAGUCCAAUCCCGCCGGUCAAUUGAUGCUAGCUUCCGCCAUAACGGCUUCUCCUUCGCCGUCGCCGGCGAUGGCGAUGGAGGAAAGCGAUCACAAGGGAGAUGCAGGCGUCCUGUCGUCCUCAUCAUGUAUUGCCAGCGUCAUGCUUGGGGCCUUUGGCGCCCACCAAACCAAUGGUGGCGUUUCCGGCGGGGCCGCUGGCGGCGGUGAAGUUGACACUCAUCGCUUGGCGCGGAGCGUGCUUCGAUUCGGCGGGUUGCAGGGGGGAGGAGGAGGAGAGAACGGCGGAGGUGGGGGAGGGGGGAAUGGCAACGGUGGCGGCGGCUUUCUUUCUGGCAUAAUCGUCGACGGUGUCGUCGGGGAAUGGGAAGUGCGACGUCGUGCGGCAUGCGUGUUGUCGCACAUUUUGCGCGACAACGGCGAUUGCAAACUCAUCCUUUCGCGGGCCAUGGUGGAUGAUCGUCGCCCGGCGGCGGCCUUCGUUUCCGCUUCCUCGUCUUCCUCAGAAUUUCUUCUUCCCCGUUGCACCUCAUUGCUGGCCAUGGCUGUCGCACAGCGUAAUCCUUUCUUCCUGUCGCCUGUUUCUCCUUCGACCUCGUCUUCUUCGGGAAGACACAAGGGGCGAGGCAGGGGGGGCGAGGAGGAGGAGGAGGCGGAGGAAAAUGCAGGGGGGCGCGCAAAGGACGAUGACAAGGAUGGCGUUCUCUGGUUUCAGCCGACGUUGCUCCGGCUCCUGGUCACGUGGCUCGUGGACUGCCCUGCCGCCGUCAAUAUGUUGUUGUCGUCAUCCGGUAACGACGCGGGUUUCUUCGGCGAACUGGCCAUGGGUGGCGGCGGCGGCGGCGGCGGCGGUGGCCACGUGGCCACCGCCGCGACAGGGAGCGGGGAUGGUGGGGCCGGUGGUCCGACGAGUCCUGUGGCCGUCCACGUGGCCGGUCUGGCUGCCGUGUUGCUGGGAGUGUGCUUAGUGUGGAAUGACGAGCAAGGAGCCGUGAGGUCUGCCAGCCUCGUUGACGUCAUCGCGAAGAAGAUCGGCGUCGAGAGUUUCUUCUCGAAAUGGGAGGCGUUGAAGAACAGCCGGCGUUUCCGAAUGGCGGCAGGUAUGGGGGGCGGGGGGGGGACGAGUCGUCGCGGAGGGCGCGGGAGGCCUUCCGCGGGUGGAGGCGCGGAAGCUUCUCUUAGCGGCGGCGCCGGUGACGAGGGAAGUCUCGCUGAUGAUGAUCGAGAUGGUGGACGUGCCGACGAUUUUGACGAGGAGGAGGACGAUGAUGAGGGUGCGGAGGAUGAUGGGGAGACGGCGAUGGGAAGGGGAAGGGAGAAGACGGAGGGAGGAGAGAGGCCGCGUGGCGACGAGGAAGAAGGUGGCAGAGGUAUGGAGGAUGCCGCCUCUGUUAUGGCCGUGGAGAGGACACGGUCGAUCGUGUUCAAGUCUCUGUAUGACCGGGCUUUUGCGCGCUUCUUAGCCGAUCUAGAGGUACGAGUGCGCAGUCGCAUUGAUGAGGUGUAUGGCAACCCUAGGAUGAAAUUGAACCUGGACAUGGCAAAGAAAUUGGAGAGGAGAGAGGGAGAGAGUGAGAGAGAGCACACCGCGCGGCUGAAGUCCAUGCUAUUGGAUCAGAGUUUGCUUCUGGAGGAGAUGCGAGAGAGUGGGACCGCGUCGCCAACGGAGGAUGGCAUGAUGAGCGGAGGAAGGAGGGGGAUGCAAAGCGCACUGACGCAGAGCGGCGUGGGGGAUACUGGACUUGGCUCGGUGGUGAGGAGAGACGAUGACAAGGUGGCGGAGGCGGCCGCCGCCGCCGCCGCCGUCGCCGCCGCCGCUUCCAUUGCUGCUUUGGAGACCAGACUUGUUGAGAUGGAGGGUGCUCUUGGGGUUACGAUCGCGGAGAGGGAUGCCUUACAGAGUGAGCUGGAGCAAUGCCAGGUGGUAGCUAGCAAGCAUGAGGCGGAUCUCCGGUCACUGUCGGACGCGUACAACGCGUUGGAGCAGAUGAAUGAUAGACUGGAAGGGGAAGUGAAGGCGUUGAGGAGGAGUUUGGCAGAGGGAGGGGUGUCGCUGAAACACCUAGAUGAACAAGUGGCGGCGGCACGCGAACAGGGCCGGCAAGAGGCGUUAGCAGAGGCUCGGCAGUCCGAGGCUACGGCAGGUGGGGGGUCCUCGUUCCAGGAGCAGCUUGAGCUAGCACGUGAGGAAGGUCGACGGGAGGCGAGGAAGGAGGGGGAGUCUGAUAUGAUUGACAUGCUGACGUGCCUCGGACAGGAAGAGAGUAAGGUUAAGAAGUUGAGGGAGGUGCUGGAGCCUUUGGGCUACGAUGUGGAUGGAUUGUUAAAUGAAAUCGCGAAUGAGGAGGAGGAGGAGGAGGAGGAGGAGGAGGAAGAGGAAGAGGAGGAAUACGAGGAGGAGGAUUGAUUUGCACUCUUUCUGUUAACUGCCGUCACGACGGUGGCCUGUUGAUUGUUGUUAUCAUUUGUUGUUGAUGAUGACAUGUGCCUCCGCCUCGACCGCGACGAAGACGAGUGCUGUUGACGAUUAUGUUUAUCGCGAAACGCAUCGCCUUCAGGACGAUCGUCAACGGCGAGGAAGGGGAAUGGGAUAUAGUCUGAAAGAGGAGGAGAUAAUUUAGGUAGAACGUCGAUGCGGUGUUGUUGCAGAGUCGAUGACAUUAGGGGAGGAGGAGGAAUAAGGGAGAGAUUGAUUUCACGGUGACGUUGAGGAGGUGAUGUCCGGGGAGUUUCUGGGGUUCUUUUGUGGUUGUUGCCUUUUUUAAGUUUUCUUUUCUGUAGAUGUUUGGUCUGCUGGAAGGUCGGAUUUGCUUAUGAUGGAGCCGGCCACUUAUUGCAUAGUUCGAUGCGUGGACAAGAUUGAGACACGACACGUCGACAAGAUUAAGAAACCACACGUGGACAAGAUUGAGACACGACACGUGGAUGGAGCUAGAUUAGAUCGGGGGGAUGCCUGAAAUGUGGGCAGCCCUCAUGAAAUAAACCACUUUCUGCUGCGUCUUGCAUCACCACCUUCUCACAGGGGGGGCGCCAAUCUCCUUUGCUCUUCCCCUGCCCCUGCGCCUCCCUCCCUUCUCUCUCUCUCUCUCUCUCUCUCUCUCUCUCACCCGAUCGUUGCGCAAGGGCACGGCCACACUCUUGUGCUAGCGCUCGCUUACGUCGAUGGCGACUUCACUAUAGUGCCCAACUUGCUCAUCUCUCUCCACUUCUGUGCGAUUUCUCAUAUCGUAGUGCUCUCAUUCCCCUCUUUCCUCUCACUUCUGUGUGUGUGUGUGUGUGUGUGUGUGUGUGUGUGUGUGUGCUGUGCUGUUUCGAGCCAAAUGUCCUCUCUUUUUCUCCUUCCUCCAUUUAAACCUCUGCUUUUCCCGCGAAGGACGUUUUUCAGUAGUGGGUCGCGUCAAAUGACUUUGCUGCUCUGAUCCGAAUGCAGCGCAUGCCUUCAAGUCCAGGAGUCAUCUCUUGCCCGACCUUUCUCUCCCCUUUUCCCUCAGGCCCUACUUCGCUUGUUUAGCCAGACAGUCUUGAUUGGAUUUUUGCAGCACAGCAGUUUAUGUUAAUAUCUUAACUGCGUGCUCUCGAGUGCAAUGCUUGUGUGUGAUAUUCGUGUCUGUCACAGCCAUUUUUCAUCCUUGCAAUAAGGUGAACUGGCUCUCUGCUUAGUUCGUUGCGUUCGCCUUAACUUUUUCAUGACUGCCAGUCGUUGCUUGCUUAUUUGAAGUUGAGAGUGACUCUGUGUCCUCUUCCUUGCUGCCUCCAUUUUUUUAUCUGCCGUCCUCUUCUCCCUCCCCCUCUCCCUCUUCUCUUUGGUGCUUUUUUGUGUUGUCUUUGUCCUCCCCUCUUCUGUCUCCCUUUUCUGCAGUCUUUCGUGCCCGAUCAGUCGUUCUCUGGCCGCCUCUUUCCUAACCCACACAGAGCUAGAUAGGGAGCCAGGGGAGGUAGGUUGACGCCUAUUCAGGCCAUACUGACAAAGAACUUCCAUACUGACAAAGAAAGUUACUUGGAUGUAUUUGACCUCAACAAGGUGUGGAUUCAGUCAGGGAAGUCCUUGUGCGAGUAAGAUCUGGGGGUGGUAGGUAGGUAUAGUAUAUCGUAGUAUAUAUAUAUUUAUAUGUAUGAAAUGUUGCAGAAAACCGUGCGGCGAAAACGGUCGACGGAAACGGAGGAAGAGGACUGCAAACGGGGUUUUCACCGGAAAGGGAGGAAGAGGACUGCAGACGGGAGGAGGCUGUUUCGCUCAGAAGAGGACUGCAAACGGGGUUUUCACUGGAAAGGGAGGAAGAGGACUGGAAACGGGAGGAGGCUGUUUCGGUCGAAUUUCAGAGGGGACUGGAAGAUGGAAACGGUGGGCUGGUUCGCUCGAAUUUCACCUUCAGAGGGGACUGGAAGAUGGAAACGGUGGGCUGGUUCGGUGAAAUCGAUCGGCGCAUAUAUAUAUGUACGUAUGGGGAUAGAUUGGGAGACUCCUGCAUGGGUAGACGUCAAGUAGUCAGGAGAUAAGUAGUCAGGAUAUAAAUGAGUUGAGUUGCUAUGUGUAGCUAGGUGAAGGAUAAUCGGCUUGAUAUGAAGAAGAAGAUAGAUCGUCCGCUGGUGGAAGCAGGUUUGUGUUUGAGCCGUGUCCCAUGUUUGAUAUUCAGUUGUUGAUGCAAACUGGUCCGUGGAUCAUAGGACCAGAAUGAUAUUGAAAAAGAGAACAGGAAAGAAUUCGUGAUAGUAAAGAAGGAAAAAGAAUCAGAUUUGCUUUCUGAGUUCAAAGGUCAUGUCACCGGAGGCAGGCGUGUCCCAGUAGUCUUCCUGGUUGCCUAUCUCCUAGUAGAGGAGUGGUCUGUAUUUCGUCUGUCUCUACUCCCCUAGUAGAGCAGUGCCGCGUAUUAUGUCUGUCUCAGCAGACGACCAUUCUUGCUUUCACAUGAAAAGAACUGUGGGAAAAUCAAUAUUUGCUUCGAGA